GGCGAAGCCGAAUAGACUGCACUCCUCUGCAGCUUGCGAGGAAGAGGCUGUGCAGCGAUGGAGCUCCUGGCGAGCGCCACUCUCUUCUUGUUCAUGUUCCUGCUCUUCCUGGUGGCAUGGAAGAGGAUCGAGGCCAAGAGGAGAAACUUCCCCCCCGGCCCUCUGCCCCUGCCGCUCAUCGGAAACCUGCUCCAGUUGGGGAGCCGGAACAUGGCAGAACGCCUGAAGAAGAUGAGUGAGAAAUAUGGGCCAGUGUUCAUGGUGUACCUUGGCCUGGACCAGGCCGUGAUCCUCUACGGCUACGACGUGGUGAAGACGGUUCUGGUGGAUCGUGGCCAGGAGUUCCUCGACCGAGGCAGCUUCCCCACAUCAAAUAAAUCCAACGGAGAACUCGGUAUUUUCAUGUCCAACGGGGAGCGCUGGGCGCAGCUCCGCCGCUUCUCCCUCACCACCCUGAGGAACUUCGGGAUGGGCAAGAAGAGCCUAGAGGAGCGGAUCCAGGAAGAGGCUCAGCACCUGGUGGAGGCGCUCCGGGCCAGGAAAGGGCAGCCCUGCAACCCGGCCACUCUGUUCAGCGGCGCCACCAGCAAUGUCAUCUCUCACAUCCUCUUCGGGGAGCGCUUUGACUACCAGGACCCGGAGCUCCUGCGCAUCCUCCACUUCCUCCAGGAGGGCUUCCUGCUGGAGAGCUCCAGUGCAGCUCAGCUGUACAACAUCUUCCCCAGGAUCAUGGACUACCUGCCCGGCCCUCACCAGACCUUCUUCCGGCACCUGCGCGGCGUCCUCGCCUUCGCCGACCGGAAGGUGCAGGAGCACGAGAGCAGCCUGGAUCUCAGUGCGGUUCCGGAGGACUUCACGGACGCCUUCCUCUUAAAGAUGGAGCAGGAGAAGCACAACCCGAGGACCGAAUUUACCAGAGAAAAUUUGGUGAUGACCGUUAAUGACCUAUUCUUAGCUGGGACAGAAACAACCGGUAUUACCCUGCGAUACAUCCUCAUGGUCCUUCUGGAGCAUCCUGCAGUCGAAGCAAGGAUCCAUGAGGAAAUAGACCGAGUGGUAGGGAAGGUACGGCCACCUGCCAUGAAGGACCGAUCACAGAUGCCCUAUACAGAGGCCGCCAUCCACGAAGCGCAGCGAUUUCUAGAUUUAAUCCCCUUGGGAUUCGUCCGGAUGGCGAGACAGGAUGUGCAGUUAGCUGGCUUCACCAUCCCCAAGGGUGCCACCAUUUACCCCAUUCUGAGUUCCGUUCUGAACGACCCCAAGCAAUAUAAAAAUCCAAGUCGGUUUGACCCGGAACAUUUCCUGGACGAAAACGGAGAUUUCAAGAAGAGCAGCGCUGACAUGCCCUUUUCAGCAGGAAAGAGGAACUGCCUGGGCGAAGGACUGGCUCGGAUGGAGCUCUUCCUGUUUCUCACCACCAUCCUGCAGAGCUUCCGCCUCAUGCACCCUCCCGGAGUCGCCCAGAUCAACCUCACGCCAGAGGUCAGCGGCGUGGGACACAUCCCGCGCCAGGCCUCCUUCUGCUUCUGCCCCCGCUAAGCUAUGGGGCGCCGCUCCAGGGCACGGC